AUGGGUGGCGGAGGAGUUAUGAGGACGGCGGCGAAGGGUACCGGCAUUGGCGUCUUCUGGUCGGGUCUCCGUGGGUUUCCGGUGGCGCUCCCGACCGAGAAAUCGGUUCGCAACGCGUCGCCACCCUUGUCUGUCGCUGGCGUACUGUCGCAGGGAGCGAAGACCGCCGAGGUUGUCUCGGUGCACACGGCGGCAUCGUGGGAUGAGUGGGACUCCGCCGACAACAGCGGUUUGGUUGUGCCGAGGGUGUUGUUCGUUUCUGUCCCCAAGGAAGCUAAGAAAGCCAUUGCAGACUUGAAGGACGCCAUUGAUCAGUAA